UUGCAGUCGUGAAUACGGGUUGCAUGGAAUGAAGCUGCUUCGCGCUCCGAGGGCAUUAACGGGUAGAAUGCAACACUGCAAAUCUCUUGAUGUAAGCUUUGAUUGUGUCAGAUUUUAGCGUCUGAUCGUAUCUUUUCCUCUCCUUCGGUAAAUCGUCUCAUCAAUCCUCUCUUCAUCAUUCUCUUCCCCUCGCUUUGUCGCGGUGGGAUAAAUGCGAUGGGCAGAGCAUCGAUCUUCCUCUAUCUCACUGUAGCACUCCUACUCCUCGUCUUUCUCUCCCACUCCCCUAAGAAACUCCCUGGCCAUCGCCACCGUCGCCUCAAGCUUCGCUCCAACUUCAUUUUCUCCUCUUUUCAUCGUCCUGUCGCUUUCGACCCCCUCGUCGCCGAGAUCGAACGCCGCCGUGAAGAGAGGCAAUGGGAAAAACAGCUUUCUUACAAAGAUUUCGCUGCCGAUGACCCUGCCCCUGGGGAGGAGUCUCAGCCCGAAUGGGAGGAUUUCAUCGACGCUGAAGACUAUUUGAAUGACGAGGACAAGUUCAAUGUUACCGAUAGGUUGAUUUUGCUCUUCCCCAGGAUUGAUGUAGACCCGACUGAUGGGUUCGUCAGUGAGCACGAGUUGACUGAGUGGAACUUGCAGCAGGCCCAGAGGGAGAUUUUGCAUAGGACCAAGAGAGAGAUGGACGUUCACGACAAGAACCAUGAUGCGUUUGUUUCAUUUUCCGAGUACGAACCUCCCAGUUGGGUUCAUAUUGCAGAUAAUGAUUCUUACGGUUAUAAUAUGGGCUGGUGGAAAGAAGAGCAUUUUAACGCGUCAGAUGCAGAUGGAAACGGUCUUCUAAAUUUAACUGAAUACAAUGACUUUCUGCACCCAGCUGACACGAAAAGCCCAAAGCUACUUGAAUGGUUGUGCAGGGAGGAAGUAAGGGAAAGAGAUACAGACAGAGAUGGAAAGAUCAACUUCAAGGAAUUUUUCCAUGGGCUAUUUGAUUUGGUAAGAGCCUAUGAUGAAGAAAAUCAUAAUGGUUCACAUUAUUCUGCUGUUUCAGUGGAUGCUCCAGCUAGAAUGUUGUUCAAUCAGCUUGACAAAGAUGGUGAUGGACACUUGUCAGAUGUUGAACUGCUACCUAUAAUUGAGAAAAUCCAUCCACCUGAGCGAUAUUAUGCAAAGCAGCAAGCAGAUUACAUCAUUUCACAGGCAGAUGUUGACAAAGAUGGGCUCCUUACAUUGGCUGAGAUGAUCGAGAACCCGUAUGUAUUUUACAGUGCUAUUUUCAGUGAUGAUGAAGAUCAAUAUGAUUACCAUGACGAGUUCCGUUAGAUUCAUUUUUAAGUCAUUUGCAGGAUCUACAAAAAAAUUGAGCAGAAUUCAAAUAUCUUUUUUAAGGAUCUGGAAUUAAAGGACAGAUUUAAGGUUUUGGCCCUUUCUGGUCUCAAAACUCUAGUGAGGUUCUAUGCAGCAACAAUAUUAUUACUUCCUCAUUGUCAUCUUCAGGAGCUCUUGCCGAUUUGCUUCCCCAUGGCUCGUGGUGGAGCCACAUCUUGAUCAGAAAGAUAGUCACAGUUACUAUAACACACCGGUUGUCAAUAGAUAAUAUAUGUACUGUAUAACUGCAAUGACCUUCAUGAUUAAAGUAGCUGUAUCAUUUUUUGUCCCCCCCCCCCUCUUUCUUUUACUUGCCAGGCAGUAAUUCAGCUAAAAAGGUCGUAGGAUUGCUUUCAGAUUUUUGAAUACAUGUUUUAUUGAUUUUAGGUUUUGGCCUCAA